AUGCAAAGUGCAAGGGCGUCUUCGAAAGUCGCCAGGAGCUCGUUGCUCAGGAGCAGGUCUUCUCGUUGCAAGAACGAGAUAAUAGAGGCAUUGCUGCUGCGCACCUCAAGCGAGGAGGCUGCGAACGAGGGGACUGCCAAUGCCUGCUUCUCGCUCGGAUCCGCUGACACCGGCUCCGGCUGUGUGGUCAGCGGGUCCGAGGGUAGAGGUAGCGCUGCCGACCUCGCCAUCUCGCGCGAUCUCAGCGGCCGCGGUCACCUUCUUCGCGACCUCGCCGCGCUCGUCUGGAAGGGCAAUUUGGCCAAGUGA